AUGUAUAGCAUGGAUGCUGACAUGGCUCCUGUUCAUGAAAUGCUGGAGCUGACAAAAGAACUAUUUCCUCACGGCAACGCGGUCUUCUCAAUCGAUGAAGCACAUUCGAAUGGCCUGGUCGGCGAACAUGGAUCGGGCUAUAUUUGUUACUACGGUCUCGAGAAAAAAUUUCCCAUUCGACUGCACACGUGUGGAAAAGGUCUCGGGUCAAACGGCGCUGCCGUGCUUGCCAACUCCGCCAUCCGCUCAUACCUAAUCAACUAUGCGAAAAGCCUCAUCUUCUCUACCGCCCCCGCAUUUCCAUCGCUAGCGGCCGUAAAAGAAGGGACCCCGAUUAUCCCUCUCGUCACGGAGCCUGGACAAGCGGCCAGUCUUGCCCAGAGAUUACAGAGCGGGGAGUAUCAGGUGAACCCAGUGUUCUAUCCUAUCGUACCUUCAAGCAAGGAGCGGGUCCGGCUUGUGAUGCAUGCAGACAAUACAGCAGCUCAGAUUGACGAGGCGGUGGAUUUGAUCAUGGACUGGUCGAGGUCUCGUCUCAUGGCCCAGGUUGGAGAGUCAGAUCGUCUUGUGUCCAGCGAAGACCUGUACCAGAACACGGCUUUCUCUGACUGA